UGCGCACGUGUUCCGUGCCCCGCACGCGCAUCACGCAGGCCCACUCGUCCGCGCACGCACGCACUCCCGCACGCGCGCCGCGCCCGCCCAGUUGCCUGCGCACGCGCACCACACCCGUUCGCGCGCCCGUCUCGGUGGAAGCUUUUUGCCUGGCUGAGUUAAGCGUCUUCCACCAUGGCGGAGAUGGCAGAGCUUUGCGAGCUGUACGAAGAAAGCAACGAGCUGCAGAUGGACGAGCUGCCCGGCGAGGGCGAUAUGGAGGUAGGCCGCGGGGCCCGCGGGCCGGCCCCGGAGGAGGGCCCCAUGGAGGAGGAGGCCGCGCCGUUAGCCGCCCGCGCUCAGCGCGGCCUGUUCCCCGAGGCUGGCGCAGACCUGGAGGGCGACGAGUUUGAUGACUGGGAGGACGACUACGACUUCCCAGAAGAGGAGCGCUGGAGCGGCGCGAUGCACAGGGUGUCUGCCGCGCUGGAGGAAGCCAACAAGGUGUUCCUGAGAACGGCGCGAGCCGGAGAUGCCCUGGAUGGCGGCUUUCAGGCGCGCUGCGAGAAGAGCCCUUUCGACCAGCUAGCCUUUAUCGAAGAGCUGUUUUCGCUGAUGGUUGUCAAUCGACUGACCGAAGAGCUCGGUUGUGAUGAGAUCAUUGAUCGAGAGUAAAUGCUGACGAAAGAGGAAACUACCUGAGAGGGAGAGAUUCAACAUUCUGCUAUUUUUGGGUUCAUUCCAGCUAGUUUUGUGCAAAACAAAAAACAAAAACGGUUUUUGUUUCUCGGAAUAGAAGACAAAACAGUGAGUGACCGUGCAGUCGUGGAAGAGGAGAAUCAAGGAAGGAGGGGCUCAGCAAAAAAAAAAAAAAAAGCUGGUUCAGACUGUUGAACGAGAUGAUUUUUCCCUGCGAUGGAGAAGAACUUGCUCGUGUUAAGCCUGUAAAAAUGGUUUCGCAAGAGAAAAUCGUGACUGCCAAUACAAGAAUCUAAUUAAAGAAUGAGGAAAAAUACAUCCACAAGAUAUCUUUGAUUUGAACUGAAAACCUGUUGAGAAAACUUUCCAAAUUCUAUUUUGUGGUUUAUAUAAAUCAGUUAUCAAAAGCUAAAUUUGAGAUGUAAGAUUGAAUACUUAUCCACCCCAAAGAAAAAGCAAAGGAAAUAUGUGUGUUAAGUGUAGGCGUGUUAUCAUGUGUACUAUUAAAAUGUGUUACAAAAGAUGGAAUUUUGACUGCACAUGUAUCUUCAUGAUUUAUAAAGCUAUGUGAUCUGUAAUUUGGAAAAAUCCAUUGUGAUGAUUUUUUAAAGUUAAAUAUAUAUAAAACCAACCAGAUGUCUUUUUAAAGUUUCAAGUUCAUGCAUUAAUAUUUAUGGGAAAGCCCAAAGACAAAUUUUCUAAUACCCUUUUAUACUCGGGAACUUUUGCUUGCUGCUUUUUACCUUGACAGAUGGUAAGACUAUAGCUGAACUUCAUAUUGUAAGAGCUGUUUGUGAAAAUUGUCAAGUAAAAGGAAACCCUGCCUGUACCUAUAAAAGAUUUUAUGAGCUAUUAUGCUGUCAAAUGUUGAAGGUUUUAAACCUGCUCAGAAGUCCACCUGGGUACCUGAUAUUCAAAUGCUCUCUCUCCCUCUCUUCCUCUCUCCCUCCCUCUUUCUGAUUAAGCUUGUUAGUCCCUAUGCACCAGCAUUGGCGAUAAUAAAUUUUCCUGUUCUGUG